UGUGACAGUGAAACGCUAGAAGCUGUUGUCUGUGGUCUUGUUACCUACACAGCUCUUCACACCGGAGUUACUCACUGAGGAGAUCAAAUAGAUUGUCCAGAAUGCUGUCUUUGGUCCUAAUCGCAAGCCUACUGGCUUUUGCCUCAGGUAAACCAUGUGAUACGGAAGGAACCAACAGUGAGUUGCACCUGUCACUCAAUAAGAAUCUCCUUCGCUCUCUGGAGACACAGGAAGGACUCCCCAAUCCCAGUGUCCACUUGGCAUUACGGCUUUCCAAUUACCACAACCUCGCCAAGGAGAGCGAACACCUGAAUAGACUGAAAAAUGAUUUGCACAAUGACAUUCAAAGUUCUCUCUCUAGCAGCCAGUCCGUUGUCGGCCUCUUAGCGCUGUAUGCUCUGGCUUUGAAGUCCUCCUGCUAUGACCUCAGCACAGUCACCUUCACAGUUAAUGAGAAGAGUGAGACACUGCUGACUCACCUGAAGAAGCAGAUGGAAGACGAAAAAGAGCAUAUUGCAUUCAGCCAACGCCCUUUGACCAACUAUUACCAGUACUCUCUGGGUGUGCUUGCUCUCUGUGCUAGCGGCAUCAGGGUCCACAACCAUGUCAGCAACAAGCUCAUCAAGGCAGUAGAACAUGAACACUUCAAACAUGGAGACUCUGAGAGUAUUGAUACCAAUGCCAUGGCUGGAAUGGCUCUCCAGUGUGUGAAGGACACUGGUUCUCAUGUGCAAAAAGCUGCUGAGCUCGACACAGCCCUCAGCAAGAUCAAGCAGAAGCUCUUGGCCUCUCGUAGGACUGACGGUCAUAUUGGCAAUGAGUUCAGCACAGGGCUCGCAGUGCAAGCCUUAAUGGCGAUGGGAACCCGAGUUGCAGAGUGUGCUGCCUCAAUGGAGGCCAUGAGGACAGAUGCCAGAAGCAACACAUACCACAACCCCAUGGCCAUAUCUCAGAUCUUGCCAGCUCUCCAGCAGACAUCCUACCUGACGGUUAAAAGCAAGGAGUGCCUCAAUGAGGAUGACACUCUGGUGCUGGAGCCCAUAGAUCCUGUGGUGGAUUUACCAAGCGUGUCCAAGGUGACGGUGAUGGUGGAGGUGGUGGCGUCCAGCGGGGCGGCUGCUGUUUACUCUGUGGAUGUGCCAAAGGGGAGCUCUCUGUUGGAGACCCUUGAACUUCUCAACGGCAAAAAUGUUGGCUUCACGUUUGAGAAGGAGUCCAGCCUGUGGGGACCCUUCUUAAGUGCGGUGAACAGAGAGCAGGCCAGACAGAGCGACCGCAGAUACUGGCACCUCUCCUCUGAUGGCACUGCACUCAAUCAGGGUGUCAAUGAUUUCAAGAUUGAGGCUGCUCAAGAGAUAACCAUCAAAAACACAAGCUACUAGCUAGUCACUGCUGAUGCAACAGUGAUGAAUGAAGAUCAAAGCAGUUAAUUCUGGACUCUUUUCUACUAUUUGUUGUUUAAACCAGUGAUUAUUCUUAAUUUGUCUGAUGCCAUUAUCUGUGAAUAAAUGGUCAAGUUUAUUUCACAGGAGUUUUGCAUUUCAAGUGGGUUUGAAACUUAAAUAAAAGUGUAGUUUAGAACUAAUUGAACACACUUUGCUGUGAAUAUUCUGACUCUAGUAUGUAAAUUGUAAAGCUUUUUUCUUAAUGAAUUGUCAAAUGAGAUGAAAUGUUAGCUAGAUUGUUCUUUUUUAAACAAAUAACAAAAUGUAAUGGCUUUUUAAAUGAGGAGGUUAUGUAGGUUUGUUUUUUGUUACACACAAAAUAUGAAUUAUAAGCAAGUGACAAUUGAUUAAAUUCAAAACUAUGCAAUUUGGGUGUAGUUAGAUUUUUUUUCUGCAUGUAUGUGAAGCACCUUUACUAUCGGUAGUGACCGUUAACUGACAACGUCACACUUACAGUAAUGUAAGACAAACUGGCUCCAAUUGAGAUCCACACAUAAAGAACUAUAUCAUUUGUUUUCUGUUGAAAUUAGUUAUUUCUUAUAGCUGACUAUAAAUAGUUGGGUACAGUUUGUAAAGUUUUUUGAUUGAGUGGUAAAUGUGCAAAAUCAAAUCUUGGAAAUAAAACACAGAUGUCUUCAA